AUGCAGCGCCGUAUGCUCACUAAAGACGAAGAGGCCUCAGCUCAGAGCGAGGAUCUGGAGGUGCGCCGUGAGGAUCAAGAGAAAAUCAACAAGUUCAGUUCGCUGCAUCAAAAAGAGGAGAUCCUCGAGGAAGAGUUGAGGGCCAAGAUUAAGGAGAAGGAAGAUUUGGAGGAGAUCUCGGGCGAAUUGGAGCUCGUCGAUGAAGAGGAGAAAGUACCGUACAAAGUGGGUGACUGUUUUGUCUCUUUACCACAGCCGCAGGUUCUCGAACUCCUAAGUUCUUCCACAGAGAACAUUGAUGGUGAGGUAGAAGCGCUAAAGGCCAAGCUAGAAAGCAUUCAAGAAGAGAUGGGGGAGUUGAAGAAGGCCCUUUAUGGACGGUUUGGACGCAGCAUCAACCUUGAAACUUAA